CCUACCCUCCUGGCUUGGAGGAGGCCAUUCCCACCUCCGUUCCCCACCAACUGGGAGCCCCCCUGCACCCACGUGAGGCCACAGCAGCCGCAGGCCUUGGGGAAGUUGCAGGGGCGCCUUCAGCACCGCUCAGGCGGGGCUCAGUCCUGCUUCCCCCAGUUUCCGCCGGCUUCAGGACCUCUCCUUUGCUUCCCCUGGUGGUGGCUUUCCGCGGGAAUCAGGGACCGUGGACCACAUCAGAGUCCAUGCCAGGGGCUGCCUUCUGCUGUCCAUGGGGGCAACAAGUGUGUGAAGCCUCGAGGAAGAUGCAGCUUCGACGCCAGCUCAGCCUCGUGAUCAUUGCCCGGCUGCUGGACCAGCAAGAGACGCUCCCUCUCUGGCAAGAGAAGGCCCAGCUGUCCUCGCUCAGCCAUCUCCUGAGCCUCAUGAGGCCAUCAACCCUGAGGCAGUACCUGGGCCCUGAGACCAUGCCCCCCGGCCAGGAGCAGCAGCCAAAGGCCAGUGCCCAGCUAGACUACAAGGUCUGCUACCUGUGCCACAGCCUCCUGACGCUGGCUGGGCUGGUGGUCAGCUGCCAGGACAUCACUCCAGACCAGUGGGGAGAGCUGCAGCUGCUAUGCAUGCAAUUGGACCGCCACAUCAGCACCCACAUCCGGGAGAGCCCCCAGGCCAUGCACCGGACCAAACUCAAGGACCUGGCUACCCAGACCUACAUCCGCUGGCAGGAGCUGCUGGCCCACUGCCAGCCCCAGACCCGGUACUUCAGCCCCUGGGAAGACAUCUAAUGGAGCAGGGCAGGGGUGGCCCGGUGCUCCUGGCUCUGGCAGGAAGUGAACCUGGCCCAGGUAACUGGAGGUGUGAAGAAUGCAGGCCAGAGGAGGACCAGCCAGCUGAAGCGAGCACCUGCCUCCCCCGCUGCCCUGCGCCCCCUCCCGGCAAGGGUCCUGCCUCUCGCUGCCUGGCUCACCUCUCAGCUCUCUUUCCCUUCCCCACCGUCUCCUCUCCCCAAGACCUUUGUCUCCAAAGCUCUGGUUUCCCUGGGCCUCGUGGGUCCUCCAGCCACCAUCCUCCCCACCCUCCUUCCCCUCUCUGUGUGUCCCAGAUGUGAGGGUUCUUUGUGCAUGCUAAAGUCUCAUUUCAGCAUCAUUGGUUACAAGAGUUCCUUCAGUCCCUUACUGAGGGCCCGUGCUCAGCGCCCAGUUUCCUGACUUCUCGCUUCUACUUUGUAGGAGUCUC